AUGGAGGCCUUGUACGGUGACCUAGAGAAUUAUAACGAAGUCAACAUCGUUGAAGAGCUUCGUACUGAGAACAGAGAUUUAAAAUUGAAGCUUGAAGAAUAUGAAACAGCUAUUGGGAAACUUCAGAAAAGCUUAUUACAGGAUUAUGAUAAACUAGUCCUGGAGUUCAACAAUCUACAAACCAAUUAUUCAUCUCUCUUGAAAACAGCCAGAGCAGAAGUGGAGAGAAAAGCCCAGAUGAUCACUCAACUUAACGUUGAGAAAGAUAUGAUGAUAUUAAAGACAUUACAAAAUCCAAAUAAUAGAAGGUUUCAGAAGAAGUUACAAAACAAUACUCAAUACCAAAAGAAGACAACUAGUGGUGAAACUGAUAAAGCUAAUGUUAGUAAAAAUACAAAACCUGAAAACAAUGUUAUUAUUGAAAGUAUAAAUAAGGAUGAGGUAAAAGAAAAUGUGGAAGUGGAAAAUCCAAAGACAAGUGCAAAUAGCAUUAAAAUUAGAAGAAAGUCUAUGCUAUCUUCUAGUAUGCUACAUCUUACUACAAACGAAAACCAAGAAUCAGAUCAACCUAGAAAUCAAAAACUCAAAGAUACACUACCAAAAGAAAUUUGUGGGACAAGCGAUUUUAACGAAAGAUUAACAAGAAUUACUAAUAAAGGAAUUAGUAACAAAGAAGCGGACACCGUGAGCCUGAGUGGUAGGAGCUCAAAUUACCAGGAAUUGACUAGAGAUAGUAACAGAAGCGCAACUAGCAAGCAUUUUGACUGUGAGCCAUUCAAGAGCGAUAGGAUUAGAAUAUCUGACAGAAUUACUGAAAACACAACUGACAAGAUUAGAGAGAACUACAAAAACAGAAAAGAUGACAAACUCCUAGACAUUAGACGACAUAGGGAAGGCGACAAGUAUAGUGAUGGAAAUAAAUUUCAAGAGGGUGACAAAUGCAGAGAGGAUAAUAAAUUUAGAGACAGUUUAAAAUAUACAGACGAUGAUAAGUUUAGAGAGGGUGAAAAAUUCAGAGAAAGCGAAUCACUUAGAGAAAGUGAACAAUUAAAUGAUCAUGAAAAAUAUGGCGAAAGUGAGAGUAAAACUAGACAAAGCUAUAAGUAUAGGAUGGGAGACAAGUCUAGAGAAAGUGACAGGUACAAAGAGAGUGAAAGGCAUAGGGAGAGUGACAGGUACAGAGAGAGUGACAGGUACAGAGAGAGUGACAGGUACAGAGAGAGUGACAGGUACAGAGAGAGUGACAGGUACAGAGAUAGUGACAGGUAUAGAGAGACAGACAGGUACAGAGACAGUGACAGUUAUAGAAUGAUUGACAAGAGUGACAAGUUCAAGGAAGAUGCGAAAUUUUUGCAUUCCGACAAAUUGAAGAAUAGAGAUAAAUUUGACCCAUCCUACAGAUACAAAAGACACUAUAGUCCAGACAGGCCUUACAAAAGACAUUAUAGAGAGUGUCAAGAUGAUUAUAAGCAAGAAUAUGGACGACACAGAGUAUUAGGAAGUUCUACCCCUGAAUCACACAGUCUCUCUCAUGCAAGAAGUUAUGACAAACAAUUAUUUAAUGAAGGCCAAAGGCACAAAAGUGAGAACUACAAACACCCCCAUGAAUCAACUCAUGGAGAAAGACUAUCAUCAUCUGAUAACCAAGAUGAGCCAUGUAAGAAGCGAAAAAAAAUUGAAUUCGAAAUACAUGUCGUUGGGAAUAGACAACGUCACGAAAGGGAACCAUUUAUAAAACCAUCCUGUUCUGUGGAUUAUGACAUGCUGGCUGCUUCUUGUCAAUCUCCGGAUGCGGUAUUCUCACCAGAUUCGUACACGGAUACACAAACCGCACAUACUAUUAAAGAGAUUAAGAACACAGCAACAACACCUUUAGAAGAUCCACGUAUAAGCAGUAAAAGAUAUGUCUUAAAAACUGAAAAUGGAACAACCACUCUGUCUACAGCAGCAAGCAAAUGUAUUGAUAUAAAACCGGUUGAUAAGUCAUUGUGGAACAUAAAAUCUGUUGCUAUGCCCGACGCUUUAUUGAAAGAACCACAGUCGUACAUUGCAGAAGAAUGUAUCAAAGAAAUAUAUAUGGAUAUCGAUAAUCCGGAAUCCAAUGUGUCAGUAGAAACAGGUGAAAUAGUUGAAGAUACAAUUUCUUCAUGUGGUGACCAAGAUAAAGACUCUGAAAAAUGUUUAGAAAUCCAUGAUAUAAAUAAAAUUGCUGCUGAUGUGGUUUCUACUUUAAAAAGCAGGCCCGAAAAUGUUCAAAAGAUUACUCCCAUUCUUGAUGAAAUACCAAUUAAUCAACAAGUGAAGGAAGUGUUAGAUGUUGCCAAAGAUUUGCCUAAAAUUAUUUGUGAUGAAAACCUUACCAAAAAGAUCGUAAAAGAUAACCAAUACUUAGCUACUUUACAGUCAAGUCUACCACAAUUUGAUGAACAUGAAACCUCUGCACCUGAUAUUGAGAAGUCAAAAAAUGGAAGUGAUCGACUUAAUAAAAUAUCGUCAUCUGAAAUGGCGAUGGUUCAAGAUGAUUUAGAGUUAAGCGAUGAAACAAGUGAUAAUUUGGAUUAUCACAAACAUACAGUAAUAGAAAAAGAGAUAUUGCGCCAAGAACAAUCUACUUUAGCAAGUAAAAAGGAUAAUGAUUUAAAUAAUGAAUCAAAGUAUAGUUUCAAAAUAACACCUGAAGCUAAUGUUGAAAUUGUUAGUAUCACGCCUCAUGAAAACUUGAAGGAAUGCGAUGGGUAUAAAAAACAGAAAAGUAAAAAAAGAAAAACGAAAUCUAAAGAAAAAGAUGUGGAUGAAAAGAAUGAUGAAAUUCACGUCACUGAAAAGAAGAUAAAAUCUAAAAAAGAUAAAGAAUUUAAGCCUAAGCAAAUAAGGAAUAAGUUCACAGAUCUUUUCGGCGAUAGUAGUAGUUUAAUAACUCCCGCAGACUUAGGAAUCCCUUCAGAUUGUGUACCACUUUGUGAAGACGCUCAAGAUGCUGUUGAUAUAAAUAUAAAAGAAGUAGUUGCACCACAGUCCUGCGCAAAUAACUUAAUACUUAACGAAACCAUACCUAAAAACAACACCAAUAUAAAUGAUAAAGAAAUCGCGAAAAGCGUUGAAGAUCAUGAUGCGAGCUCAAGCUCGAAUCUACAUUCGAAUGUAGAUGCGAAAAUUAUUUACCAAAACCUAAAUGCCGAAGUGGAUUUAAACAAACCAGACAUUGUCAAAACAGUUAUUAUUUCAUCAGGCGUCCAACCUCAAUUUAUAGUAGAAAGUGAAGAAGAUGCCACACAAAACCGUGGUAAAAACGUAGACUUAAAUAAACAAAACAGUGUUAAUUUUCAUCAAGUAGCAUCUGACACAGAGUUUAAAAAACAAACUGCUCUUAAAGCUUUGGCUACAUCUACACCCCACAAAGAAUUGCCAAUUAACAAUACAAUGGAACCUGAAUGUGUAAAUAUUCCUAGUGAUAGUAAGAGCGGAAGUAUAGAUACAAAUAAGCUGGUAGACAACAAGUCCAAUAUAAAUACUCAAGAUUCACUUGAUGCACCUGAUGUACGUAUAUUUGUAAGAAGACGAAAAAAAGCUGUCAAAAAACCUUAG